CGGGGCUCGGCGGCCCAGGCCGGCCAGGGGACGCCGGCGCCGAGCGACACACCAGCAUGAGACGGAGAUUAAUGUGACGGAAUCGGGUGGAUCAACAGCCAUCCCAUUGCCCCCUUUGUUGGGGGUGCUGAGAGUGGGGAAGCAUGGAGGACAGUAAGAAUGAGACCAUGAAUCGCGCUCACGUCCUCUUUGACCGGUUUGUGCAGGCCACCACCUGCAAGGGAACCCUUAAGGCCUUCCAAGAGCUAUGUGACCACCUAGAACUGAAGCCUAAGGACUAUCGCUCCUUUUAUCACAAGCUCAAGUCCAAGCUUAACUACUGGAAAGCCAAAGCCCUGUGGGCAAAGUUGGACAAGCGGGGCAGCCACAAAGACUACAAAAAGGGAAAAGCAUGCACUAACACCAAGUGUCUCAUCAUUGGAGCUGGCCCCUGUGGUCUCCGUACAGCCAUUGACUUAUCCUUAUUGGGAGCUAAAGUGGUUGUUAUUGAGAAACGAGAUGCCUUCUCCCGCAACAAUGUCUUGCAUCUCUGGCCAUUCACCAUACAUGAUCUACGAGGUCUGGGUGCCAAGAAGUUCUAUGGCAAGUUCUGUGCUGGAGCUAUUGACCAUAUCAGUAUCCGUCAGCUUCAGCUAAUACUUUUGAAAGUAGCCUUGAUCCUAGGCAUUGAGAUCCAUGUCAAUGUGGAAUUCCAAGGCCUUGUACAGCCUCCUGAGGACCAAGAAAAUGAACGGAUAGGUUGGCGGGCACUUGUCCACCCCAAAACCCAUCCUGUAUCAGAAUAUGAAUUUGAAGUGAUCAUCGGAGGGGAUGGCCGUAGGAACACCUUGGAAGGAUUUCGCCGGAAAGAAUUUCGUGGCAAAUUGGCAAUUGCCAUUACAGCAAAUUUUAUUAACCGAAAUACAACAGCAGAAGCCAAAGUGGAAGAGAUCAGCGGUGUGGCUUUUAUUUUCAACCAAAAAUUUUUCCAGGAACUGAGAGAAGCCACAGGUAUCGACUUGGAGAAUAUUGUCUACUACAAAGAUGAUACACACUAUUUUGUUAUGACAGCCAAAAAGCAGAGUUUGCUAGACAAAGGGGUGAUACUGCAUGACUAUGCCGACACAGAGCUCUUGCUUUCCCGGGAGAACGUGGACCAAGAGGCUCUGCUGAACUAUGCCAGGGAGGCAGCGGACUUCUCCACUCAGCAGCAGCUGCCGUCUCUGGAUUUUGCCAUCAAUCACUAUGGGCAGCCUGACGUGGCCAUGUUCGACUUCACUUGUAUGUACGCCUCUGAGAAUGCUGCCUUGGUGCGGGAGCAGAAUGGACACCAGUUGUUAGUGGCUCUGGUUGGGGACAGCCUCCUAGAGCCUUUUUGGCCAAUGGGAACAGGAAUAGCCCGGGGCUUCCUAGCUGCUAUGGACUCUGCCUGGAUGGUACGAAGUUGGUCUCUAGGAACAAGCCCCUUGGAAGUCCUGGCUGAGAGAGAAAGUAUUUAUAGGUUGCUGCCUCAGACCACCCCUGAGAAUGUGAGUAAGAACUUCAGCCAGUACAGCAUAGACCCUGUCACCAGAUAUCCCAAUAUUAACAUCAACUUCCUCCGUCCAAGCCAGGUGCGUCAUUUAUAUGAUACUGGAGAAACAAAAGAUAUUCAUCUGGAAAUGGAGAACCUAGUGAAUUCCCGAACUACCCCAAAGUUGACUCGUAAUGAGUCUGUAGCUCGUUCAAGCAAACUACUGGGUUGGUGCCAAAGGCAGACAGAUGGCUAUGCAGGGGUAAAUGUGACAGAUCUUACCAUGUCCUGGAAAAGUGGACUGGCUCUGUGUGCGAUCAUCCAUAGAUACCGCCCUGAUCUGAUAGAUUUUGACUCUUUGGAUGAGCAAAAUGUGGAGAAGAAUAACCAGCUGGCCUUUGAUAUUGCUGAGAAAGAACUGGGCAUCUCUCCCAUCAUGACAGGCAAAGAAAUGGCCUCAGUGGGGGAGCCUGACAAGCUGACUAUGGUGAUGUACCUGACUCAGUUCUACGAGAUGUUCAAGGACUCACUCCCCUCCAGUGAUGCCUUGGACCUGAAUGCUGAGGAGAAAGCAGUCCUUAUAGCUAGCACCAAAUCUCCCAUCUCCUUCCUAAGCAAACUUGGGCAGACCAUCUCUCGGAAACGUUCUCCCAAGGAUAAAAAGGAAAAGGACUUGGAUGGUGCUGGAAAGAGGAGAAAGACCAGUCAAUCGGAAGAGGUUUUGGGUGUUGGUGUUUAUCAGGAGGAAGUACCCCGGGGCUACAGAGGAGGAAGGCCCACACUGGUGAGCACUCUGACAGACAGGAGGAUGGAUGUGGCCCUUGGCAAUCAGAACAAAGUGAAAUACAUGGCAACCCAGCUGCUGGCCAAAUUUGAAGAGAAUGCACCUCCACAGUCCACUGGCAUGAGGAGACAGCCGACACAAGAGCGUGGGGUCAGCCAGCCGUCCUGCUGCCUACCUGAGCAGGGUCGCCCUGCUCCCACCCCCCAGUGGAAACAGCGACGGGAAAAGGAGUGUUCUCGGACCUGCCCCAAAAAAGUGAUCACACUCUCUCCUCCCCCUUCUCCACCUCCCUGUCGGGCGCCUGGCAGCCAGCAGACGUACAGGGAUCUUGAUGCUGACAGCCGUGGCAAGCAGAGUCCCCACCAUGAGAGGCCAGAGCCUGAACCUUCUCGCCGAUUUUUUGUUGACCAGUGGGAGCUUUCUCUUAGUCUUCGCUCCUCCAACCGCCCCGCCUCUCCCUCCUCUGACUCUCUCCGACAGAAGUAUAUAAAGAUGUACACUGGCGGAGUGAGCUCAUUGGCUGAGCAGAUAGCCAAUCAGCUUCAAAGGAAAGAACAGCCCAAAACCCUUCUAGACAAGAAGGAACUGGGCUCGAUAAAGAAGGAGUUCCCACAGAACUUAGGAGGCAGCGACACGUGCUACUUCUGUCAGAAGCGGGUCUACGUGAUGGAGAGGCUGAGUGCUGAGGGCAAGUUCUUCCAUCGGAGCUGCUUCAAAUGCGAGUACUGCGCCACUACCCUGCGCCUCUCGGCUUACGCCUAUGACAUCGAGGAUGGUAAAUUCUACUGCAAACCACACUACUGUUAUCGACUCUCCGGCUCCGCACAGAGGAAGAGACCGGCAGUGGCUCCUCUGUCUGGAAAGGAGGCCAGAGAACCCCUGCAGGAUGGCCCCACUGUGGACACAAAUGGACGGGCCAGCGCCGUUGCCAGCCCUGCUGAGAGAACCCCAGGUUCAAGUGUGAAUGGCCUGGAAGAGCCUAGCAUUGCUAAGAGACUCAGGGGUACUCCUGAAAGGAUUGAGCUGGAGAACUACCGCCUGUCUGUGAAACAGGCAGAGGAGCUGGAGGAGGUGCCCGAGGAGACGCAGGCUGAGCACAACCUGAGCAGCGUGCUGGACAAAGGCGCAGAGGAGGACGUGGCCAGCAGCAGUUCUGAGUCCGAGAUGGAGGAAGAGGAGGAGGAGGAAGAGGAGCCUCUGCCCACCUCCGACCUGGGCGGUGUUCCUUGGAAGGAGGCUGUGAGGAUCCAUGCCCUUCUGAAAGGAAAGAGUGAAGAGGAGCUGGAGGCCUCAAAGAGCUACGAGCCUGGGAAUGAAGAGGAGGAAGAGGAAGAGUAUGAGGAGGAGGAGGAGGAGGAAGAGGAAGAAUAUGAGGAGGAAGAGGAAGAGUCUAGUGAAGAAGGGGAGUAUUGCCCCUGGGACAGAGAACUCCUGCAAAGCCAGUGGCUCCAGCAUCUGUCAAAGGAAGAAGAUACGGGUACAUGUAAAGUCGGGAGCCAGAGGCUACAGCAGAUCAUAAAUCCAGGCGACCCCUUGGAGAUCCAGGCUGAUGUGCACUGGACACAUAUUCGAGAGAAAGAGGAGGAGGAGCGAAUGGUACCAACCUCUGAGUCCUCCACUUCUAGAGUGCCUGACCUUCCCUCCAUUCGCCGCGCAGCAGUGCAGGCCUGGCUGGAGACAGUCUCCGGAGUCCCAUUUGAUGAGAAUGACCUGGAGGAAGAUGUGGACUCGGAGCCGGCAGAGAUAGAAGGGGAGGCAGCGGAGAAUGGGGACACAGGGGACACUGGUGCUGAGCUGGAUGAUGAUCAGCACUGGUCUGAUGAUAUCCCAUCAGAUGCCGAAACAGAGCUUCGCAUGCAGCACCAGGCAGCAGUGGAGGCGGAGCUGGAGCUGAGGGUAUCGGAAAAUGAGGAGGAGCAACCUGCCACCACACCAGGGCACCAGGAGAGAGGUCCCGCCCAAGUCCCCAGCCCUCCCCGAUCCCCUGAGGAGCAGGCUGGUCUGCUCUCCCCAGGCCACAGCCCUGAGGCAGAGGGGGCCCGAAUCCCACUUGCCUCUGUUGCUACCAAGGUGAAAUUGCCCAAGGAGAGCCUUUUCCCUGAGCCUUUGCUCCCCAAAGAGAAGCCCAAAGAAGAAGUGCCCAGUGAUGAGAGAGCUGUGCACUCUCCUAUCCGAUCACAGCCAGUGGCUCUGCCAGAAGCCAGGACACCUACCUCCCCAGUUAGUUCACAGCACCUGUCACCACUGGCCACCUCUACCCCCACCACUACCCAGCUCCCCAUUUGCUCCCAACCCCAGCCUUCCUCUGAGGCCACUGUCCCGUCCCCCACCAAGUCCCCCAUAUGCUUCCAGCCCAUUCCAGCCAAAACACCCAUCCCCCUGGCUCCCCUCCCCUUGAAGACCCAAGGGGACACCAAGGACAGACUGGGCAGCCCUCUUGCUGUGGAUGAAGCCCUGAAGCGGAAUGACCUGGUGGCAGAGUUCUGGAUGAAGAGUGCCGAGAUCCGCCGUAGCCUCGGACUCACACCCGUGGAUCGGAGCAAGGUGUCCGAGUCCAGCUUCCCCUCCCCAGCCUUUAAACCAGUGUCCCUAAAAUCCUAUUCAGUUGAGAAGUCUCCUCAGGGUGAGGGGCUCCAGCUUCUAAAACCUCCACCUAUUCCUAAGAGGCUGGGCCUGCCGAAGUCAGAUGGCGACCAGCCCUCGCUGCCAACCCCCAAGUCCCCAUCUGACAGAGAGCUGAAAAGCUCCCAUGAGGAGAGGAGAGACCUGUCGAGCAGCUCUGGGUUGGGCCUUCAUGGGAGCUCCUCCAAUAUGAAGACCUUGGGCAGCCAGAGCUUCAACACCUCUGACUCUACCAUGCUCACUCCUCCUUCAAGCCCACCCCCACCCCCACCCCAGGAUGAGGAGCCCGCAACUCUUCGAAGGAAGCCAUAUCAGAUUUAUGAGCAUAAGGAGACCGAGCCCAAGGCCUCAGUAAUCCCACCCCCACCACCUGCAUCCUUUAUGAGGGCCCCCCGAGAGCCUGCCCAGCCCCCUCGAGAGGAGGUGCGGAAGUCGUUUGUGGAGAGUGUGGAUGAGAUCCCCUUUGCUGAUGACGUGGAGGACACCUAUGAUGACAAGACAGAGGACUCGAGUCUGCAGGAGAAGUUCUUCACACCCCCCUCUUGCUGGUCCCGCACCGAGAGGCCCCUCCAUCCACCCCUAACCAAGGAGAAUGGUAGGUUGCCUACUCUGGAGAGUGGGGUCCAGCCACAGAAGAGGGUCCUGCCCUUAGUCUCUCCAGAAGCCAAGGAGCUGGCUGAGGAGCGCAUGCGAGCCAGGGAGAAGUCUGUGAAGAGCCAGGCGUUGAGAGACGCUAUGGCCAAGCAGCUGAGUAGGAUGAAGGAGAUGGAGAUGGCAGCUGGGACCUCCAGGCCCCCAGGAGGCACCUCCCGCAAAGCCUCCUCAGUUCCCUCCAAGGGCAAAGAACUUGGCCUCGAGUCCCCUAAACGCCCAGUUCUCAAAGGCCCCAGGGAGCCCACCCUGAAGCAUGAAGCCACUAGUGAGGAGGUCCUCUCCCCUCCGUCGGACUCAGGGGGCCCAGAUGGUUCAGUCACCUCAUCCGAGGGCUCCAGUGGGAAGAGCAAGAAGAGAUCGUCACUCUUCUCCCCCCGCAGAAACAAGAAAGAGAAGAAGUCCAAAGGUGAGGGCCGGCCCCCAGAGAAGCCCAGCCCAAACCUCCUGGAGGAAGCAGCCGCCAAACCCAAGUCCUUGUGGAAGUCAGUCUUUUCUGGGUAUAAGAAGGACAAAAAGAAGAAGGGUGAUGACAAGUCCUGUUCCAGCACCCCUUCCAGCGGUGCCACUGUGGACUCUGGCAAGCACAGGAUGUCUCCUGUCGUGAGAACAGAGCUGCAGCUGCGGCGCCAGUUGAGUUUCUCAGAGGAUUCUGACCUCUCCAGUGACGACAUCCUUGAGAGGUCCUCCCAGAAGUCCAGGCGAGAGUUGAUUUAUGUACCACACGCCUUGGCAUUCAGGAGAUCAUAUGCAUCAAAGCCAAGAACUUACACAGAGGAGGAACUGAACGCCAAGCUGACCCGGCGUGUGCAGAAGGCAGCUAGGAGGCAGGCCAAGCAAGAGGAACUGAAGCGGCUACACCGAGCUCAGAUUAUCCAGCGGCAGCUGGAGCAGGUGGAGGAGAAGCAGAGGCAGCUGGAGGAAAGAGGGGUUGCUGUGGAGAAGGCACUCCGUGGUGAAGCAGUUGAGCCCAGUGGCGGGACUCCACGGCGUAGACCUCUCUCCUUCUGCCCUUGCUGUGUCCAGGAAGGCAUGGGCAAGAAAGAUGACCCCAAGCUGAUGCAGGAGUGGUUCAAGUUGGUGCAAGAGAAAAAUGCCAUGGUGCGCUACGAGUCAGAGCUGAUGAUUUUUGCCCGGGAGCUGGAACUUGAGGACCGGCAGAGCCGACUGCAGCAGGAACUUCGGGAGCGGAUGGCUGUGGAAGAUCACCUGAAAACCGAGGAGGAGUUGUCAGAGGAGAAGAAGAUCUUGAACGAGAUGCUGGAGGUGGUGGAGCAGAGAGAUGCCCUCGUGGCCCUGCUAGAGGAGCAGCGGCUCCGGGAAAAAGAGGAGGACAAAGACCUGGAGGCCGUCAUGCUGUCUAAAGGCUUCAGCCUGAACUGGUCCUGAGUUGUACCCAUGCUCUGGCUGGCUGGUCUGUGGCAUCUGCCUGACCCAAGCUGGGUUCUUCCAAAAACCACCCAGAUGCAAGAUCUGAGAAGACCUGGCACCUCCUGGGAGUUUACACUGAAAUGUCUACGUGCCUCUUGAAAAGUGGGCCAAAUGUCUGUGCUAUGGGGAACCCCAGGCGAGGAUGAUUAUCUGAGGUGGCGGAGCCUCCUUGGAAGAGGCCCACCCUGACUUCCCGCUCCAGAGAGAGAGGAACACAGAGCAUUUGACACGUAACGCAGGAAAAGGAGAACCUGCACGCUCCCCAAGGACGCACGGUGACUGGUGCCCCUUCCACGGGAGGAGGUAAGAGGCGGAAGCUGCCCCCUCUCUGGCAGAACCACAGCCGCCAGGGUGUGCCUCCACAGAGCAGAAGGGAUGGCCAUCGUCUUCGUGCUCCCUGAAGCACCACCAAAGAAAUGAAGAACACCCCCCAGGAGGCAAGAUGUGAAUCAAAACCUGGGAGGGGGCAGUGGCCAGCAGGUUAGUGCCUACACCGGCAUCACAGGGGGACCUGAAGGCGGGCUGGCUCCCGAAUUCAUUAUGCAAGAAGGAGGACCCAGGAGGGAUCUGCUCCCCGGCACCCCCGCACCACACACUGGACCCCUGGUGGCCAAAUGUCCCAGGCCUCUCUCUGGCUCUGGCCUGAGGCCUGUGGAUUGCUGCAUUCUGCUUUUAAUUCACAACAAUUUUGACACUGGAAAAUACUGACUUUGGGGGACAGGAUGAGGCCCGACAUUUCAAGCCCCCACUUGACAGACAGGCGUUGUCACUGUUCAACGCUUCACGUCGGGGCAGGAGAUUAUCUUUUUCCUUGACGUUUUUCCUGUGUUUGCACAUUGAAAUGAAGCUGACAACCUGGCAAGACGCUCAGCCGCUUCGGACCCUUUUUGUCAAUUAACUUAUUUUUUUAAUACUUGAAAAGAAGUAACUUCAUUUUUAUAUCUUUACUAGAGACACUGAUCACGUGGCACCCGGUGUAGGAGUGACGGGGGUGUCUGCUGCAUCCUACACAGUCCCAUCCCAAACUGACUGAAUGCUGUUACAGCUGUCUAUUUAUUAGCCUUCUUCAUCGUGUUGCUGACCCAGUUGGCAUUAGGGAGCAGCUGAGACCCUUGUGUGGGUUCUUGGUUGUAGCUCUUCUGUCCCCUCCUGUACUUUGUGUCUGGCACCUUCUCCUUCACCUGGCUCACUCUUACUGUGGUACCAAACUUUUGUGUCUGCACCAUUCAUCUGUCAGGGGUACAUUUCAGCACUGUUUGAGGCCAGGCCAAAAGGCACAGAUGUCACUCACCUCUCUCUAUUGAACCCUGGCUCUGCAGAACCCGUUUUUUUUUGUUUUUUUUUUUUUCUCUGCUUUGGUGCCAGGGUUUCACCUCCCACAGCAUAUUUAUUAAAGUUUGGGGGUAAGCCCUUUUCCAAGCUGGCCGAGACAGUGUAUGGUGGGACCCUGUAAUCCAUCUAGCUGAUGAGAAUUCCCCUCAGCCCAGCCUCAGGUCCCACCAGACAGAGAUGCAAGUGUUGUAGCACAUAUUGGAAUUUAGGUUGGUCUCUCACAGUUAACGCCACCCCAGACCUCCUCUGCACCCAGAUCUCCAUGGGGAGGCAGGGGUAAUGAGCACCAUGUAACCAGCUCCUUGAGCCAAACUGCUCACUUCUCCUAGUUCAACCAGAGACUGGCCUUGUGCAGCUCAUAGAGCCACGGUGUGGGAAAAUCUGGUGGCACAGGGCUUGUCCAGCCACACAAUGACAUGCGGUCCACCCUGGGAGGAUUCCUGUCAGGGCCAGGCCCAUCCGGGAGGGUCCUCCAGCAGAAGACUUCUGGUGGAGAGGGGCCUGUGUAGAGAGAACAGAGGCCUGGCAGCUCUUCAAGGCAGCCUAGAUCAGGUGUCCGUGCUGACCUUGGAACCUCCAGGGGGACCCACACCAUGCCUCAACUUGAACAUUCAUUCUUAGUACAAAGGAGCAAAGAACCUGUCUUAACUCUUCACUUUGUCCGAAGGCUGCCAUCUCUCUCCUGUGGAAAUCCAGAUGUGCUGCUAGCAGCUGUCACAGCUCUGACUUCUUCACUUUCUGUUUUCUGAUGAGACAGAAUCUCCAUUUUUAUGCUUUUCUUAAAAAGGGGAGGGGUGGGUGUUCUAGAUUCUAUCUUUAAACCUCAACCUUCCAGUAAAAUUGGACUUGAGACAGGACCUUCAUCAGGCGGCCUUGUCCCUAACCUGCUUCACCUCUUGAAUGCCACCUUAACUAGCCAAGCCCCAGGAGAGCUGUGCCUGCAUCCCUUGUGGCUCCUGCUUAUCCCAGAACAAGGAAGCAGUUUACGAAGUGGCUGGUAAGGGAUGCGGCCAUAGCGAUGUGCUGUAAGUAGCUUAAUGUAGCAGGAGCACCAGAUGUUACCGUCUGCCCUUGCUGCCGGCCAGUACUGGUCAGCCUUUUAACACUCUGCACUCUGCCGAAGCACACUGCUGCCUGCAGUUAAUAGAAGGGGGACUGAAGACUCUGCAGAGAAGCUUCAAAAAUCCACCAGCCUGCAAAAUGUUUGCCAGUUCUCCACUCCCAAUGGUGUUGCGACUUCAGGUUCUAGUAGUGCACCUUUUUUUUUAAAGCUCCCAUUUUAUAACCACUAGUUUGCAGUUUAUUUUAGUACCCUGGUGACAUGCUGCGUGAAAUGUUUUCCAACUCUGGAAAUGCAUGCAGCUCCAGGCAGGUCCCCUUCCUGACAUUUAAGUCCUCUUGAAGGCAGGAGACAGAGAAUAUAUAUAUAAAUAUACACACAUCAAUGUGUGUGUAUAUAUAUAUGUAUGAAAUGCCAGAGUUUGAGCCCAAAAACAAGGCCAAUACAGUGGACAACCAGUCCAGUGUCACUAGAGGGAAGGCUGUAGGCACCCCUACUCCUGAGUCUAAGGGACUCCAUGUGGGGUUCUAACCCUGCUCAGGUGAUAUAUUUGGGCCUUUGCCCUCAAACUAUCCUCCAGUUGCUUUUGACCAGCAAUGAUAGGCUAUCCUUUCAGAAGAAGAAAUUUUUCAGUGGGGCAGGAGGUUUAAAGGAAAAAAAUUGAAAGGUGGUAAUAACUGAGCUGCCAGUUAGGCAGAAGGGGAAUGGGCCAUUUUAUGCGCAAUAAAAGUUUUUAAAAGAAA